AUGGGAGGAGUAGACCUAUUGGAUAGCUUGUUAGGACGACAGAAAAUUAAAAUAAGAAGUCGUAAAUGGUAUUUAAGGAUUUUCUAUCAUUUACUUGAUGUGACUGUUGUCAAUUCAUGGCUAUUACAUAAACGAAUAAUUGCUCAAAAAAAUAAAACUAGGGACAACGUUGAAAAACCUAUGACAUUAUCUGCGUUUAGAGAAGAUCUAGCCAUAUCGCUGUGCAAAGUUGGUCAGUCAACUAACACUAGAGGAAGGCCGUCAAAUACCAUAGAGAAUGCACUAAUACAAAAAUCCAAAAAACCAAAUGCUUCGAAACCACCAAAUCAAGAUCUACGCAUGGAUCGCAUUGAUCACUGGCCGAUCGAUGCACCAACAAGGAGUCGUUGUAAAAUGCCAGGUUGCAACGGAUAUACAUGGCAAGCGUGUGAAAAAUGUCAAGUUGGAUUAUGUGUUGGAAAGGGAAAAACUUGCUUUAGAAAAUAUCAUACAACCUAA